GUGACGAGACAGGUCCCGCCUAUCGGGCAUCCUAAACGGACAUUGUGAUGGAGAAACCAGCCAACCACAGAGGCUUAACAGCCCCUCCUGACUCCACUCCACCACCGGGGAGCAUCGCUCUUGCAUUCAGACAACGGUUCGUCUCUUGGGUGUCAGGUAGACAGAGUAGCUCCCGGAGUGGGAGAAGGGGCUCAGAGAGCUUGGAGAUUAGUGAACGAAGGGUCCUGAGGCAUGACAGUUUAAAGAAACGAAAUCUAGAUGGAUAGCUGUUACUACAUUUCUUCGCACCGUCUGUGACAGAGGCAGGGGAGAGUUUUCGUUGCACAGUUCAUGGCUCAGCAGGAUGCGAAAUAUGAGGCUGCAGAAGAAAGUUGCAAACCCCGCAGUCAACUGUGUCAGGUACUCUGCUUAGACCGGAUUGCAACCAUGUAGGCUGGUAUAUCAGAGGGAUGUCAGGUAUUUAGAUGUCAUGCGGGACACUUUGGAGAGUUGAAGGAACCACGAAGUGAACUCAGUCUGGCGCAGAAACAGGACAGAAUUACUGCUGUCUGCAGGCAACCAUGGCAAGACUACGGAGGAAGGUUUGUGUGGCUCUCUUUCUUUUCACUCUAUUCAUCUUUGGGACCAUGAUGGGACUGAGGACACUGAAGCCCAGCGACGGCUUCUCGGACCUGGCUCCUGGCUUGGAGCUCCUGCCGAUGAUAGGAGGGAAAAUGGACCGGCGCUCUGUGUCCCGUGAUGCGACCGCGUCCCCGGGUCAAGUCCACCCGGAUGGCAGCAACCCUAAGGCAAAGAUGUCUAAUUCCGGUCCCGAGGGGACCAUAUUUUACGAUGUUCACAUUUUUUACUACACUUGGUACGGCAACCCGCAUCUGGACGGCAAAUACAUUCACUGGGACCACAUCCUAGUUCCACACUGGGACCCCAAGAUCGCAUCCAGCUACCCGAGAGGGAGACACAUGCCCCCAGAGGACAUCGGCUCCAGCUUCUACCCCGAACUCAAUCCGUACAGCUCACGGGAUCCGGACGUAUUAGAGUCCCACAUGGAACAGAUCGGAGCAUCCGCAGCAGGAGUACUGGUCCUGUCCUGGUAUCCUCCCGGCCUGGCCGAUGACAACGGGGAACCUGCCGAGGAUUUGGUACCAGCUGUACUGGAUGCUGCAUAUAGACACAACCUCAAGGUUGCCUUUCACAUCCAGCCAUACAGAGGUCGAAAUGACCAGAGCGUGCACGACAACAUCAAAUACAUCAUUGACAGGUAUGGUGACCACGGAGCCUUCUACAAGUUUACUACCAGCACAGGGAAGAGUCUUCCUCUGUUUUACAUCUACGACUCCUACCUGACUCCACCAGAGUCCUGGUCUGAAUUUCUGACUCCCACUGGGUCCCACAGUGUGCGCGGCUCAGCCUACGACUCCGUCUUCAUUGCUCUGAUUGUGGAGGAGCGCCACAAACACGACAUCCUCGCCAGUGGCUUUGAUGGCAUGUACACUUACUUUGCCUCCAACGGUUUCUCCUUUGGCUCUUCUCACCAGAACUGGAAGGCCAUCAAAGCUUUCUGUGACGGGAACAACCUCCUUUUCAUCCCCAGCGUGGGGCCCGGGUAUAUUGACACCAGCAUCCGGCCGUGGAACAACCACAACACACGUAACAGGGUGAAUGGGCGUUACUACGAGACGGCCCUGCAGGCGGCACUCAACGUGCGCCCAGAGAUGGUCACCAUAACGUCUUUCAAUGAAUGGCACGAAGGGACUCAGAUAGAGAAGGCGGUGCCGAAGAAGACAGUGACCCGCGUGUAUUUGGACUAUCAGCCACAUGGACCCCAUCAUUACCUGGAGCUGACUCGCCGCUGGGCCGAGCAGUUCAAUAAAGAGAAGGAGCAGUGGCUCAUGUGAGGCUAGAAACCUGGCUAGAAACGGCAGGUUAUGGUGGAUGUACACAUGAAGGAGAAAGAACAAAUGAAUGUAGAGACUGACUCAUAUAGAUCUGAAGGACAUGCAUUUACCUUUCAACAUGACCGCAUGUCAGAGUUUCUACACUGAUGCGUACACAUGCUCAUCUGCAAGAAUAAGACACAUUGUUGGUGGGGAGUUGUUUCCUUGGAUGCUGUAAAUUACUAUAAAACUGCUGCUGUGUGACAUACUCCUAAAUACGCCGUGUCACCAUUUACAGGCCUCAUGUCCCUCUCUACACUCCAACACCAGAACACUCUCACACUUUGAUGACUUGGUGAAGUACUGACCGAAGACAAUUUGACCCUAAUGUUGUUUUCCACUUUGUCCAGACUCAGAGCUCGUUGAAAUCAUAACGCGACCUUGUCUUCUUUUUCCAAAUUGACAAUUUACUGGCACACCAUAUCUCAAGUUUGGGAAGGACCAGUCUGAGAGGGUGAUGUGCCAGACAAAGCAGACAGGUCAACGUGUUUACGACUGGUGACGUGGAAGAAACAGAAGUGGAUGAUAAAAACGCUCUAUGUAUGGUGUUGCCAUGUGGCAACAAUUACUUUAUCACUAAAAGACAUCACAUAACCAGGAAAUCCUGUGUGCCCCCACCCUUUUCAUUGGACAUGUGACAUGCUAGAGGUCAUGAGAUUCAGGAAAAAAUUUCUAAAAAAUAAUUUAAGCCUUGUGAGGCUAGGCAAGUUUUUUUUUUCUCUCUCCUAUAAUUUAAAGCAAUUAUAACUUGAUUUACAAUCUUAUUUUGUAAAAUACAAAUGUUAAUUAGUAACUACGUGUGGAUAUGGAAGUGAAAUGUGUGCAUUCAACCUAAUGAACUCUAAUUGAGUUUCACAGCACUAAGCUAUUCUCAGACCCUGUUUACAAGUAUUUAUUCAAUUUUUUUUAAAUAAUAAUUUUAUUUAUAUUUUGUCAUUUCUGUUUCUUCCUAGAAUGUAGAAACUCUGUAAGUGGCAAAACACAGCCAUAUAAUCAAUAUAGUACACCAAUUAAAGUGUACAUUUUAUUAAGUAUAUUUUGGAUUUGUUUUGUCAAUAAAAGCAUGUUUUUAGAGAAAGGGAGGAAUUUUAUGGCGCCUUCCAACUAUCCAAAUGUCAGUAUUCCCCAUUCUCCUCCAGUAUCCUUUCAUUAUGACUUUGCAUUUCCUACAUUAAGGUGGUUUGUUUGCUAAACUGUUAGCCUCGGUGGCUUCUAUGUGCCAACAGUAGCUUAGCAGCAGCAUUUUCAUGACUUUCCACUCGAAUGUUAAACCACGUCGUAAGCAAAAGCUCACGAGUUCCAUUUGAAGGCAGCAUAACUUAUAUCAAGAAAGCAAAUAAGUAAAAGUCCUUCUCAUCAAACCAUUGCUUUAACCCUUUAAAGUCUCAACGUAUCGCUGGCAUCCGUCUAAGCGGCUGAUUGUGAAUUAAGUUACCGUAAUUCAGUGGUUUGCGCUAUUGACAAUAUUCAAUAUUCUGGCUGAACACUGGGAAGUUUUGCCAAGGGUUUGACUAACUUCUUUUUUUUUUUUUUUUUUUUUUUUUUUACCAA